AUGUCGGAUAUAUUGCAUAGCCACAUCCAUGUAUAUAAGACUGUCUCGCACACCGUUCCACAACUCAACACAACCAACGAUAAUCUCGUACCACACAUCCCCAUAUACAUAGCCAAGCGCUUUAGAAUGCCGUCUUUCUGCAUGCGCUCGGUUUCGUCGCCACAAUCACGCCACAGGGUUGUUGAAGAGCCUCCGAGUCUUCCACCCGCGGUCCAAUCCCAAAUCCACUACUGGUACCCACCAGGGUUAUACUAUUUGCCGUCAUGGACGCCUGCCCCGCAAAGUUCCUGCCAGUGCUCACAGCUGGUCUACAGUGCUGGCUCCAGUUCCCCGAUGCAGGCACCCUUUGUUGUGGUGCCCCCUGCCAGGAGCCCUGUUAUGAUAUAUGCUACGCCCGUAGUGCCAGUGAUGCCUCAGUGA